CAAGGAUUUUGUUUUUGAUAGGUCCCUCAGAUAAUGAGGAUGAUUUUUAUAAAUUAGAAAACUUGCUUAGUUUCAUUCAAGUGGUGCUUAUAUACAGAUCUAGGAACACAACUGCAGCAUGAGCAUGACUGUCAUUCAUUCAAUAGCUUUCUUAUUUUUAACAGCAGUAUCUUGCGAAGUGAGUAACUAUAGUUUCCCUGAAAAUUUCCAAUUUGGAGUCGCAACAGCAUCUUAUCAAAUAGAGGGCGGAUGGAAUGAGGGCGGACGAUCAGAAAGCAUAUGGGACUAUAAUUUGCAUCAGAAUCCUAAUUUGACUGAUGAUAAGUCUAACGGUGAUAUUGCUUGCGACUCCUAUCAUAAAUGGAAAGAAGAUAUUGAAAUUGUUAAGAACCUGGGGGUUGAUUUUUAUCGGUUAUCGAUAUCAUGGUCCAGGAUUCUUCCAUCUGCAUUGAAAGGCUCCGAACUGAGUACUGAGGGUGUAAUUUACUAUAAUAAUAUUAUUGAUGAACUAAUAGCUAAUAAUAUAGUUCCUUAUGUUACAAUAUUCCAUUGGGAUACUCCGCAAGUUUUGGAAUUCAAAGGCGGUUGGCUGAAUGAAACGGUGAUCGAGGAUUACAUUUAUUACGCUAGAAUUCUUUUUGAGUUAUACGGCGAUAGAGUGAAACAUUGGAUAACUUUCAACGAACCUCACCAAAUUUGCGAACAAGGGUAUGCUACUGCAGAAAAAGCUCCAUUCAAAACAUUACAAGGAACUGGAGAUUACCUAUGCUAUCAUCAUGUCGCCAUUGCUCAUGGAAAAAUAUAUCGUAUUUAUGAAGAGGAAUAUAAACCAACUCAAAAAGGGCAAGUUGGAAUAACGAUAGAUUGUGUAUUUGGAGCACCGAAAACAGAUACCGAAGAAGACAAACAAGCCGCUAUUGAUUACAUGGAAUUUCAGUAUGGCUGGUUCGCACAUCCUAUCCUUUCUGGGAAUUAUCCACCUUUGAUGAUUGAAAAAAUAGGUGAAUUGAGUAGAAGGGAAGGCUUUCCAAAGUCUAGAUUACCGGAAUUCACACAGGACGAAAUAAAAAUUAUAAAUGGAAGUUUUGAUUUUUUGGGAUUGAAUCAUUAUACCACAGUAUUGUGCUCCUAUGGGGGAAAUUAUCCAGUACCAUCUCAUCGAAAUGAUUUGGGGACUAUAGACAGUAUUGAUCCUUCCUGGAAGCCUUCAGCAGCAGACUGGUUGUGGGAGGUACCAUGGGGUUUACGCGGACUUCUGGUAUAUAUAAAAGAUCACUACAAUAAUCCACCAGUUCUAAUAACGGAAAAUGGUUGGGCAAACAGGGGCAGAUACAUACAUGACGUUGAUCGAAUAAAUUACAUGAAAGGAUAUCUUUCGGAAGUCCUGAAGGCGAUUUAUGAUGAUGGUUGUAAUGUCAUAGGUUAUACUGCAUGGAGUCUUUUGGAUAACUUCGAAUGGACUUACGGAUAUACAAUGAAAUUCGGAUUGGUCUAUGUGGAUUUUGAAAGUGAGAACAGAACCAGAACUCCAAGAGAUUCCUAUGAAAUAUAUAAAAAAAUUGUAGCAACCAAAAGCUUACAAAUUUAUUAGUACGGUUCAACUCUCCUUCUCUGGGCAGCUGAAUUGUACUGUGUGAGCAUGGUAUAUAAAUAUAUACAUAUUUUUAAUUAUUCUUGUAAAAAUUUAAAUGCUAAUCAAAUAAAUAUAUUUUCGAAGGCUUUUCAA